GGUUACUGUUUUGUCUAUUCACGGCCUGUGAAGUCAGAGGGCGGCGCGGAGGGAGAUAAGGAAUCCAAGAGGGGCCAGGCGUCGCCGUCGCCCUGAAGGCGGAGGAGAGGCAAAAUGGUUUACAUCUCGAAUGGACAAGUGUUGGACAGCAGGAAUCAGUCCCCAUGGAGAUUAUCUUUUAUAACAGAUUUCUUCUGGGGAAUAGCUGAGUUCGUGGUUUUGUUUUUCAGAACUCUGCUUCAACAAGAUGUGAAAAAGAGAAGAGGCUACGGAAGCUCAUCUGAUUCCAGAUAUGAUGACGGAAGAGGGCCACCAGGAAACCCCCCCAGAAGAAGAAUGGGUCGAAUUAAUCAUCUGCAGGGCCCUAAUCCUCCUCCAAUGGCCGGUGGAUGAGGAAGGUAAAUGUCUGCUCUAAGAAGCAGACAACUGGACGUGCACUUUAAUAGCAGAAGGAAACCAUCAAGAAAUGGAGUGCUGAUCAUGCUGGACAAGUUAGAUGAACGUGUACGUCUAAACUAGGACUGCUCUGUGUCCUCACAGACAAAUGAAGUCAUGCUGGGAAUUCCCUCUGCAGGGAUCUGGCAUGACUGACAACGCAGUUCUAUAAAUGCACAUUUGUCUCAUCUUUUUUGUAUGGUCUGUGAAAGUGUUAAUAUAGUUUUAAUAAGUAAAUAUUUUUAGGUUACAAAGCUGACUUCUCAACUUCUCAUCUUUAUAAAAUGAAAACUCAGAAAGCUGCAAAUUUAAAGGAAAAUAAAAGACUGUGUAUUGAUUACUAUUAGUGUCACCUUUUUCAACUUAUAAAAUAUUGUUCAUUGUUGGGUUUUUUGUUCUCAUUUAUAAAUAAAUCACUGUGCUUAUUUCAGUAGUAUGCA